UACAGGCGGCCAUGGAGGGGGGCCGCCCCCCCUCUGGUCGACCCUCCCCCCUUGGCGCCCCCCCUGACGGUGUCCCCUCCAGCCCCUCGCCCCCUCCCGACAACACAGGAUUGUUGCCAACCUGCAAGGAUGUGCAUCAAACCAACAACAACCGCCCCACGGUACUGGGAUGCUCCGAACCUCCUUCCUCCGUCUUACGAAGUUCCAAGCUUAAGAGUCCAACAAUCCCAUCUUCAAAUGCAGCAAUAAUGCGUUCCUUGUUCGAGCCCCACGCAGAUGACAAUAAUUUCAACGAAUCUGUGUCUGUGUCAACGAUAUCCUCAACUGUUGUGCCUGUCACCGCCUCCAAUGCUUCCUCCUGCACUUCUGAAGUUUCUUUAAAACUGAAGGCUGACGGUAGCUCGACAACGGCUGCUCUGACAUCUGCCAAGUUUAUGCGGGCGGCGAACGGCACGUCGUCAUCGCCAGGCCUUCACCCUCCUCUGGGCGCCGUACGGUCGCCCGUGUCCCCGAGCGCCGCCUGGGACGCUCGAAGAACCAAGCAACAGUCGCCCAGCGAUCUUUCUGUGCAUGGCAACGUGUCACCCGGUGCCCGGAGCCCUUGUGUUGCUGCAAAUAAUGAGACUCACGUCCCGCUGUCUGCUGCCUCUCACGCGCCUGUAUCCCAUGCGCCUGCCGCUCACGCGCCUGCCUCUUAUGCGCCUGCCUCACACGCGCCUGUUUCUCAGGCGCCUGCCUCUCACGCUCCUGUUUCUCAUGCGCCUGCCUUUUCCACACAAGCUUCGCUGUCGCCGUCGGCAUCCAGCGCGUCAGCGAUCUCACAGCCUGACAUAUCACGUGUUCUGCCAACAACAUAUCAAAUACAAGCCCAGGUGCACUCCUCGCCAUAUCACAACAAUAGCUCAUCAAGGAUUAGUCCCAGCUCUUCUUACCAGGCCUGCCAUGCUAAUCCAUAUCAAGCGUCCGAUGCCAAUAGCAAUAAUCUUGUGAACGAUAACGCGGCGUCUCCUCCUGGCUUGAGUAAUCACCGUGCCCAUGGCAUUACAAGCACAAUUUCUAGCAAGGCACACGGUACCCCUUCUUCCCACCUCGGUCCUUACCACGCCCCUUACCAGACCACACAACUGCUCUCUAGCGGGCAACUGCCAGCACCCUCUCACCAGGUGAGCUCAUCGCACUCCAGCAGCAGCUCACACCUCUCUCAUCAUGGCAUCAGCGGUGGAUCAAACCCAGGUUCAGGGUACUCACUGAGUGCCAACACUACUCACCAGGCGACCAGUCCUCAUCCCUCGACGGGGACUCACCAGUCCAGCAGCUCGCACUCCACCUCGCACUCAUUAGGGCACGGCUCGCUCUCCAGCAGCCAGCAGCAGGGGCACUCGGGCGGCGGUAGCUCGACCAUCAACGGAGAUCUCACUCCCAGAGGGAUGUACAAAGGGGAUCUGGGCGAAGAAAGGUCCCCUAAAUCCAGUAUAUCUCACCUCUCUUUGUUGUCCGCUUCGUUUCCCUGCAGCCUGACGUCGUCGCUGAGUGACGUGACGAGCGAGGCGCUGCAGCUCGAAACUGCCAUCCGCAACAACGACACCUACCAAGUGAAGCGCCUCCUCGACCUCCACCCUGACACCUUCCAGCCACCUUCAGUCUCGAGGACCAAGGAGCCACGUGAGACAGGCUUACGAGACCAUCAUGCACUUGCGCGAUGCUUGAACCAAUCUCAUCCAGUCGCUUCUACCACCUUGUCCAAAGAAAUGGCUGAGCCGUUCAUAACCACGGAUGAAGCUCAAUAG